AUGAAGCCACGCCGGUCGAGCUGCACCGACUCUGGAUCCGAGUCCUCUGAAGUAGACUCCAAAAGCCCAGAGAAGUAUGAAUCGGCCACUCGCCGAAGGAUGGCCGCCAACGCCAGAGAGAGGAAGAGGAUGCAGGGUUUGAACACAGCCUUCGACCGCUUACGAAAGGUUGUCCCGCAAUGGGGUCAAGAUAAGAAACUGUCCAAGUAUGAGACCUUGCAGAUGGCUCUCAGCUAUAUCAUGGCCCUCAACCGGAUCUUGAUGGACACAAAGAGGCACAACACUGCACACAGGCAGUGGGUGGACUUGCAGUUUGACUGCGUGCAGCCUGACAACUAUCAGUACCUUGUAAGGUACGACUCCACCGGGCAGGACUAUAUCAACUCCUCUUUCUCUUAUCAGUUUGAAGGGCAUCAGCUCCCCAUAUAA